UGAUUAAACAUCUCAUGAGUUAAAUUUUUUGCUCUCAUUGUAACGAACGGUAUUCAAAUAGUUAUUUAAAAAAACUCUCCCUGCAUGAAAGAGAGAAUCAAGGGCAGGCCGUGGAUCACUCCCUGGCCGGCCUUUGGGGCCCACUGCCAACGCGUGACAGAUAUGAGGAUGGACGUGACCCGAUUAACCGCGAAAUAAACCGCCAGAGCCACCAACAACAAUCCACCCCCUCCUCUCAUAUAAAAACGAACGCAGGCAAACGCCCUCCUGUAGUCCUGUUCCGCGAGAAAGAAAGAAAUCGGAAAGAAAAUCCAGCCUUCCAAGAAAAGGCAACCGAGGGAGGGGUGCCCCGUCCGAUCCGGAGCAUCGUCAACCCCCGGAUUAAAUUGUGCCAAUAUCAUCACUGCACUUGAUCCAGUUGAGGUGUUCAGUACAUACAACUGCCUCUUAUAGUUGAUUUCAAGAUGACAAGUAGGAAAAGUAACAGAUCUACAGUCACACCACGCACUGCUCUGCAUAUGGAAUGGGACAGGAUUUCUUGCCCUAUUUGUAUGGAGCAACCCCACAACGCUGUUUUACUUAAAUGCAGUUCAUUCAAGAAUGUCUGCAGAUGUUACAUUUGUAACACAAGCCAUCGACACUCUAAUUGCCUUGACCGGUUCAGAAAAAUGAAUGGUGAUAGUAAGGUCCGUGCUUCACACUCAACCUAUUCGGUGCUUUCAAACUCCAAUAUCAGAACUGUCCAACCAAGAGCUCAUUAUAAUAUGAUUUCCAGACGUUCACGGAGCCCAAGACUCGAAAGACAUGUUGAUAACGAAGGAUAUUAUCGUUCCAAUGCAAACAGUGGUCAGAGUCCAGAUGGCAUAUUGAGAUCUGAGUCUGAGAUUGCUAACUAUCAAGACUCUACAAACUCAGCCUUAUCUGUAGAAGGAAGCAUUGUAACAGGGGAAUGUCAUGAUGCCAUGCAAAGUUCAGCUGAAGUGAAAUGUCCCCUCUGUAGAGGAUCCGUGUCUGGCUGGACUCCUGCUGGAGAGGUGAGACAGUAUCUAGACAAGAAGUUGAGAACUUGCUCUCAUGAUUCCUGCAAAUUUGUUGGAACCUAUGAGCAGCUGCGUGAACAUGCUAGGACUGCACACUUGCUUACAAAGCCUGCUCAUGUAGACCACUCGAGGAAAAGAAGUUGGGAUCGCCUUGAGCGUGAGCAGGAGAUUGGUGAUGUCAUCAGUGCAAUCAGGUCCCAGAUACCUGGGGCACUAAUAGUUGGUGACUAUGUUAUUGAGACUAGAGACACAAUGUCCCCUGGCAUAGACUCUGGUGAUGAAAGUAGUGAAGAGUGGUGGUCUCUGGUUCGAGACCAAGUUGAAUCACCAGAUAGCAGACUUGGUUCCCCAAGGCUUUGGCCAAAUGAAACGCUGGGAUCACCUAGCAUUUGGCCAGAUGAAAGGCAUGGUUUACAAAGGCUUGUGCCACAGAACAACAACAGAGGUUCACCCAGGACUUCAUUCAGUGAUAGGCGCAGCUUGCGUUCAGAUUGGCUGGGCAUUCGACGGCAAAGCACACAGAGCCUACUGCGACAAGGCUUCUCCAAUCGUCACUCUGGGCACCGCAACAGUUAUCGUGGAUAUCGUCGCACGCUCUUGGAUCGGCCCCUUACUGGUAACCACGAUGCAAGUACCAACAGGAACCUAGAUGAUCCAUCGUUUGUGCCAAGCAGGCGGCAGUGGUACACACACAGAAGCCAACGAUGAUCGAAGCAAAAGCAGUUCCUCUGUAGAAAUUCAUUGGUGAGCAUGCAAGCUAUCUUUGUAAAUACAAAUUGCCCAGACUACGUUAUUUCUUUAGUUUAUUUACUGUGUAUUAUGUGAAAUAAUCUAUCCCAGAUGCAAAACUAUAUUCCUCCUGAAUAUUAUCUACGGUGUUUUGUUCA